AUGCUUCGUUUUACCUGCAUUCUUCUUCUAGCAAUGCUCGCUCUUGCUUCUGCCCAAUGGGGAUACAACUCAUACGGUGGAUAUAAUAGUUAUGGUAAUUAUGGAGGGUAUGGUGGAGGAUACAAUAAUGGGUACGGGGUGAACGCUAAUCUUGGCGUUGGUGGAAGAGGAGGUGGUCUUGUUGGAGGACUUCUUGGACGGAAAUAA